AUGGUCGAAAAGUGCGCUAAGUGUCAUGGAGACAUCACGGGUCAGGUAGUGAUUGCUCUCGGUCAGAAGUGGCACAAUGAAUGUUUCGUGUGUUUGGGCUGUCGAACGCCACUUCAAGGCAAGUCGUUCUUCAACAAAGACGGAUCCAUCUACUGCAUCGAUUGUCGCAAAGAGAAGUUCGACCCUACCUGUGCUAAAUGCUUCAAGAAGAUUGACCCUACCAUCAAGUAUUCAAUCUACCAGGACAAGACGUAUCACAGAGACUGCUUCACCUGUGCUCAGUGUAGACUGCCACUUGAUGGAAAGAGAUUUCAAAAGAUGGUUGAUAAAUGUGCCAAAUGCGGCAAAGAGGUGACUGGCACCGUGGUGACUGCUAUGGACAAGAAGUGGCACAAUGAUUGCUUCGUCUGUGCCGGAUGUAAGGCCAAAUUGGCUGGCAAGUCCUUCCACAACAAGGAUGGCACUCCCUACUGCAUUGAUUGUCGCAGAGAAAAGUUUGACCCCACCUGCACGAAAUGCAACAAGAAGAUAGAUCCAACCAUCAAGUAUUCGAUUUACCAAGAGAAACCCUACCACAUGGAAUGCUUCACCUGUGCUCAAUGCAAACAACCUCUUGAUGGCAAGAAAUUUAUCGUAAAAGAUGGUCAGAACAUUUGCGCCGAUCAUAAAUAG